AUGGAGAUGAAAAUAAAGCCUCGAGUGUGCAUCUGGGCUGUGUUGUGCACAUGGCUUUUGUUGUCCACCGCCGCACUGAGCAUAGUAGUCAUGCUGCUCUACAUGUACGACUCCACUUUGAAGUCAUUUUUCGGUGAACCGAUGACGCGUCUAUCACAGACCAGUUCUGUGAUCCUAGCCGGCUGGAUGCUAGUUACAUUUGGUGCGGCUAUUCGCAGUGCAAAAGCAAAUCGUCGCUCAAUGGGAAUGAUAUUCUUUCUGUUCGCUUUGCUUGGAUUUGCCGGCGAAAUUCUCAUCAUGAUUGCUUUGGCUCAGUACAGAAACAAUGUGUUCGGUCUAGCCCUGUUGAAUGAGGCCACCUUGCGAUUGGUUCGAGCAUAUAACCAAUCGGAAGUUGCUCGAAAUGUGCUGGAUUUGAUACAUCUUCGUUUCGAUUGUUGCGGUGUCGAUGAAUGGCAUCAGGAGUGGAAACAAGUCGGACCGUAUCCACCACGAGAUGACUCCAGUGUAGAUGAACCAUGGGUACCUUAUUCCUGUUGUCGAGGCAUUUUACGCAUUAGUCCCACUUGCGGUUUCGCUCGUAUACGACACCCGAUAACCAGGGCACAACGCGUUAGGUCAUUCGAAUACGGACUGGAGACUGUCAUCCCGGAACCAUGGUAUGCAAACUUGCAAAAUGAACCGUGUCCAGAACGUUUAUUUGAAUGGUUAGCCGAAAUUCCCAUCUACGCAUUGAUGAUAGGCUUGGCCUUGGCCGUGUCCCGUAUGAUGAUAGCCACUUAUGCUGUGUUCAUGUAUAGCCGACGUCGUGGUAGACGUCGCCGUAGAAGAUAA